AUGAGUAUUAGUGGGGACGCGGAGGUGGAGCCCGACCCAUUGAAGAUGCCCACCUUUCCUCCGGAAUAUGGCUUCUCGGGACGCAAGGAGCGAGAGAUGGUGGCCACACAGCAAGAAAUGAAUGAUGCACAGCUGAUGCUGAAACAUCAGGAUUACUGCGCACACCAUCUCAUCCGACUACUCAAGUGUAAGCGGGAUACCUUUCCCAACUUCCUGGCCUGUGGCCAUGAGAAGCACGUCUGGGACCUCUGCGAGCACCAGGACUAUGUGGGCCGAAUGAAAGAGUUUGAGCGGGAAUGGCGUUUAUUGGCACGACAGAAGCGUCGGGCAAAGAGUGAAUCUUCAGCAUCACAGUAG